AUGCAUUUCAUCAAACUUGCCAUCAGCACUGGUAUCAUCGCAGCCGCCAGCUCUGCUGCUCAACUGAGCCAGACACAGUCUUAUGAGCAGGUCUCCAACAUGACCGUCAGUGCCAUCGUCAAUGACUUCCGCUACAAUGGCGAUGUCACUGUCCUCCGUGGCCUCAUCGACAUUGCCUUUGCUGCAUUGCAAUCCGAAGCUGCUAUGGUCGCAUCUUGCCUCCAGUCCAGCAGCACUUCCGCUGUCAGACCACCAGCUACAUCAGCUCCAACGUCCAGUUCCAUCCUCAACCCAGUCAUGCCCAACCCACCUCCACUCAGCGUUCCAGUGCCUGUACCGGCAGGUCCUCCACCAGCACCUCCAGCCAAUCAACCUGCCGCAUCACCUGCCAACGCCGUUCCACCACCUCCCCCAACAUCUCCAGCACCUCCUGCAGGCAAUACUCAAUCGUCUCCAUCACCUCCAUCACCACCAGCAGCCAACAAUGCCCAGUCACCUCCAUCGGCCUCAUCACUAUCCGGAGGCAACAACGCACAAUCUUCCGGUCCAUUGACCAACCCAGGCAGCUCUGGCUUCUUGACUUCGAUCACUCCCAACUCACGAUCAAGUAUCAAUGGAUCCAUGUCUAUCGGUCUACCCAUCAGCAGCUCCAACAUUUCUGGUCUCCUUGGCAUUGGUCCUCUCAGUCCUCUCACUUCAGCAGGAAGCAACCCUCUCGGCGGACUCGUCUCUGGCGUCGGCAGUGCUGUGACCGGAGCUCUCGGCGGCGUUGCCAGUGGUCUACCUAUACCCCUUGGUGGUGUCGUCUCAGGAGUCAACAGCGUUGCUGGCGGUCUCCUUUCAGGCGUUGGUGCCGCUGCUACUGGCGUCCUUGGUGGUGUCGCCAGUGCUCUUCCAAGUCCUCUCGGCGGUGCCGUUUCAGGUGCCGGCAAUCUUGCUGGCGGUGUCUUGUCUGGUGUUGGAGGUCUCGUUUCCAAUGUUGGUGGUGCUGCUGGUGCUCUUCCUACCGCUGUUGGUGGAGCUGUGUCGAACGUUGGCGCAGGCGUUGGUGGUGCUCUCACCGGCGUUGGAGGUGUCGUUACUGGUGUAGUCGGUGGUGUCGCUGGAGCCCUACCUACACCUCUCGGCGGCGUUGUCUCUAGUGUUGGAAACGCAGCUGGCGGUGCUGUCUCUGGUGUCGGCGCUGCUGUUUCAGGAGUCGUCGGUGGCCUUGAUGGAGCUGUUGGUGGUCUUCUCGGUGGCUUUCUUGGAGGCGGAGCCUUGCCGUCAUCCAUCACCGGCACACCCAGCCCAGUUUCUGGAGUCGUUGUCAGUGCUACCAACGGAGCCGUCGCCACCUGCACAGAUCUUGUCUGCCUUCAAGCAUCACUUCCUGGUCUUUUGGGCUUGAACCUCGCCGCUGUCCCAACUGGAGGCUCAGGAGGUUCUCUACUCAACGUCGGUGUCAAGAUUCUCGGAGGAGGCAAUGCACCUGCUGCCGCACCAGCUGUCACUACCAACAUCAACGCCAUCAUCUCCGCCGCCAGUCAGGUCUCUUUGGUCGUCGGUGCCAGCCAAUGCAGCAACCUUAUCUGUCUUCAAGCUUCCCUUCCUGGCGUGAUCAGUCUGAGCGCUGGUGCCAUUCCAACAUCUGGUGCAAACCUCGGCAACCUUCUCGGCGUUGGUCUCAAUCUCUUCGGAGGUGGCCAAGCACCUACUAUCGCCACUGUCUCUGCAGGUACAGGCUCGGCAAUUGUCGCUGCUGUCACAACUUCAGUCUCAAUCACUCCUUCAGCAGUGGCCGGACAGCCUGCACCAACUGGAUCAUGGGUUCCAGUCACCUCGUGGAUGUACAUUGCUCCCGCUCUCCUGGGUGGUCUGCGCUGA